GCAGAGGAAAGAAGUUGAUGCCACAAAACAGUUACAACUCCUUACCUGCGGUCUUCACAAUGAAGGGUUUAGUGCUGGUCCUACUUCUGCUUCCUUUGUUGGGGCUCCAGGAAGGUGCUCGAGCCUGCAGCUGCCCCCAGACUCAUCCGCAGGAGACGUUUUGUCGAGCACAAGUCGGUAUCAGGGCCGUAGUUCUUGGGAGGACUGAAGUCAGACCUAUUGAUGACCUGACAGACUUUGGAUUUAAUAAUGUCAAGUAUGACAUCAAACUGAUCAAGCUGUUCAAGGGCCCGAAGAAAAAUUAUAAUGCAGUCUACACUGCAUCCAACUCUGCAGCGUGUGGAGUCAAUCUAAUCAAUGGCACGGAGUACUUCAUGUCAGGACGCCUGGAUUUCCACGGCUUUCUUCAAGUCGGCCUAUGCGGUUUUGUUCGGCCAUGGGAGGACAUGAGCUUCAUGCAGAAGAAAGGUGUAUCGCAGACCUACAAAACAGGCUGCAAUUGCAAGAUCACGAACUGCUACUCCAUCCCGUGCGGCAGCAGCUUCGCCGAAUGCUUGUGGCCGGACUUUCUGAUGUUUACGGUGUUCCGGAACUUUGCGUGCGUCGAGAAAAGCGACGGCUCUUGUGCCUGGUCCAGUUGGAUUGUCUAGGCCAAAAGAAUGUUUCAUGGACAUUGAAACCUUGUCAAAUAAAG